GAGAUGGAGCGUGAGGACGAGGUGCUGAGCCAGUGGCGGGCAGCUCAGCUCGCAGAGAACACUGAGAAGUCCUUGUGCAUCUUGGACAUGUCUCCGUCUCCUGGAAGCAGUGGAGUGCACACCUCUUGGACCCAUGGCCCAGCGGGCACUCAACACAUCCUUCAGUGUCCACAACUGGAGAGGAUCCCCUUGGUUUCUGCUGAGACUCCCAGGGAGAAUGUGAAUGAAAUAGGGCCACAGUUCAGUGUGUUGCUGCCUGAGUGUGGUGGGAACUACUGCCCCCAAGUGACUCUCCCUCCUUCCCAAAUGAUUUACUGUCAGGGAAUGUCUCCCUCUCAACCAGGAAUGAUGAUUUUCAAGGGGCCCCACAUGAUGUCUUUAGGAGAGCCCAGUAUUCCAGGGGUGGCCAUGACCUUCAGUGGGAAUCUAAGGAUGUCCCGCAAUGGGCCACCAGUCACAGCUCCCAGUGAAAUCCCAGUGAUGUCCCACAUUAGGACACCAACAAUGCCUUAUUCUAGCCCCCCUACACUAUCUUCUAAUAGAGAUUCUUUAACACCUAUAAUGUCAUUGUCCCCAACCAUGCCUUCUGCUGAGGACCAGGCAUUGCUUCCCUCUUUGGCUCAGAUGUUGUCCCCUAGUGAUCCCCACAACUGCGGAAUGCCCCCGGCUGGGUCCCCAUCAUUGCUGGCUUUAGAAUCCCAGGGCUCUUUUGUUAGCCAGCCAGCCUUCCAGGAAGACUCCUUCCUACCUGAGCAGCCCACACCUGCUCCACAAAGAGCAGAGCAGAAUUGCAGGGCCCCGGAAAGGGCUCCCAGGAGGAGAGCCACGGUUGCAAGGCCUUACUGCUGCCAGUAUAAGGACUGUGGAAAAGCUUACACUAAGCGCUCCCACCUCGUGAGCCACCAACGCAAACAUACAGGUGAGAGGCCCUAUAAAUGUACGUGGGAAGGUUGUACAUGGUCUUUCUUCCGUUCUGAUGAGCUUGGACGACAUAAACGGAUACAUACCAAAUACCGACCCCAUAGAUGUGAUCAGUGCGGACGAAAAUUCAUGCGAUCUGACCAUCUCAGGCAACACCGAAGGACUCAUCUGCACAUGUCAGGAUCCCCCAAUCCACGGGCCAACAGUGAACAGAUGGCUGGUCCUCCUGCUCCCGGUCUUUAG